AUGUCGGCCUAUACGGCAAUCUCUCGCAAGCUCUGGGAGCACCCAAACCCCGAGUCCACGGCGAUGGCCCAGUUCAAGCAAAGUCUAGAACAAUCCAAAGGCGUGAAACUACCAGAUUACAAUGCCAUGUACCAAUGGUCCAUCAGAAAUCGCUCUUCAUUCUGGGACUUUUGCUGGAAGUACUUCCCCAUCAUCCACGAAGGGACCUACGAGCGUGUUGUCGAUGAAACCGCUCGUAUUGACAGUAUUCCCGAAUGGUUCUCGGGCAUUCAGCUCAAUUUUGCCGAGAACGUCCUCUUCACCUCGGGUCCCGGUGACUCCAUAACGAAGAUUGGCAAGGAAGAUGACAAGAUUGCCAUAACAGAGGUUCGAGAGGGUGACGCCGAGCCGACUGUUCAUCUCACCUGGAAGGAAUUGAGAAGACAGACUGGCCGAAUGAUUCAGGCCUUGAAAGUCGCUGGUGUGACGCGGGGAGAUCGAGUGGCUGUUGUUGCUAGCAAUAGUAUUGAUACUAUGACGAUCUUCCUUGCAACCACGGCACUCGGUGCCCUCUUCUCAUCCACGUCAACGGAUACAGGCGUCAAGGGAAUCCUGGAUCGUCUGCUCCAGAUCGAUCCUCGAUGGGUCUUCGUCGACGAUACGACCGUGUAUAAUGGGAAACAAGUCGAUCUUCGGUCUAAAAUCACUCAGAUCGUGCAAGGCUUGGAUCACAUCAGGGAGUUCCAGGGCGUUAUUGCUAUUCCCAGGUUCAGGGAUCGUCCUGCACAUCUGAAGCACAUUCCACGAACCCGAACACUGGCGGAAUUCCUUUCCGUGACGUCGUCCGAUGAGCUGGAAUUUACUCGAGUCGGGUUUCGUGAUCCGUUCCUGAUUGUCUACUCUUCGGGAACUACUGGUGAACCAAAAUGUAUUGUUCACUGUGUCGGGGGCGUCCUACUUAAUACGCAUAAAGAGGCCAGGCUCAAUCGCAGUAUGGAUGCUUCCGCUACUGUCUUGCAGUAUACUACGACUGGAUGGAUCAUGUAUUUGUCAUGUAUUUCUGCGCUCAUCUUUGGCGCGAGGCCGAUUCUAUACGAUGGAAGUCCGUUUUUGCCGGAUGUUACAAUUCUGGUCAAAUUGCUGGAAAAACACAAGGUCACGCAUUUCGGUACAUCACCUCGAUGGAUGCAUGAAUUACGAAAGAACGGGAUCAGCCCUCGCAAGAUUGCCGAUCUUCAACACUUGAAAGGAGUCACUAGCACCGGCAUGGUUCUCUCCGAGUCAUUAUUUGAAUGGUUCUACGACGAAGGAUUCCCGCCACAUGUACUCCUAGCCAAUAUUUCCGGAGGCACAGAUCUUGCAGCGUGUUUUGGUCUCGAGAAUCCGAUCUCCCCUCUUUACGUUGGCGGAUGCCAGGGUCCUAGCUUGGGUAUCCCUAUCGCUGCAUUUGAGCAGGUCGAUGAAGGUGUCAACCAGGUCAAAGGAACGAGAGCACCUGAUGGUGAGCCUGGUGAGAUUGUCGCGACUGCGGCAUUCCCCAGCAUGCCGGUAAUGUUCUGGGGUGAUAAGGAUGGAAAGAAAUACUUCAACGCCUACUUUGCUCGCUUUGACAACGUAUGGACGCAUGGGGACUUCAUCGCGAUCAAUCCAACUACUCACCAAGUGCUUUUCCUCGGUCGAUCAGAUGGCGUAUUGAAUCCAUCGGGUGUACGAUUCGGAUCUGCGGAGAUCUACAACGUGAUCGAUACCCAGUUUUCAGAGGAGAUUGUUGACUCGGUCUGUGUUGGUCAACGGAGACCCAAGGAUACAGAUGAGUCCGUGAUGUUGUUCUUGCUCAUGCGUCCUGGCUUCAAGGCCGACCAGGCUUUGAUGACGCGCAUCAAAGAUGCUAUUCGCAAGGCGCUUAGUGCGCGACAUGUUCCGAAAUACAUUUUCGAGACCCCUGCUAUCCCGGUCACCGUGAACCUAAAGAAGGUCGAGUUACCCGUUAAGCAGAUUGUCUCCGGAAAGAAGAUUAAACCAUCUGGGACCUUGUUGAAUCCGGAAAGUCUGGAAUUUUACUACCAGUUUGCAGAGAUUGAGAAGAUGCUUAAUCCUCCGGCAAAGCUAUAA